CUUGCAACAGAUGAAUAGGAAAAUUGGCCCUAACCUCCACACCCGCCUAUUUUUAAAGAACAAUUACCAAAAAAAUCUGUUUCUUUUUGUAUAAUUUAUUGAAGAAGUGGCAUAGAAUUACCCAUUAUAUUUUAUUAAGUUUUAUUUUAGGUUAAGAGCUGUUGCUCAGGUUGAUUGGCCGGUCUACCUAAAUUUUCUGUAUAGAGCUGCAGUCAAGCGCAGCUUUAGCCAUUCUUCUGCCAUAGUGGUAGAUAUAAGAUAUCCCAAACUUUGAAUUAAAACUUAACACAAAGUCAGCCAUACUCUAAUGAAAGGGUGUUGCUCAUCUGAAGCAUUAGAGUUCACAAAGAAUAACCUCAGUCAGCAGUAGUGUCACUAUUUUAGUUAAUAUUGUUUUAGAAGAAUGAGGGAGUCUUAUUCUGAAUUAAUUGUCAAAGGGUAUAGAUCGUCGGCAAAGUAAAUCUUGACAUAUAAUAUUAUUAUUAUUGAAGUGAUUAGUACAUGACAGUGGGAACUAGACCAUACAUUAAUGACAUCAUCUCAUUGAUUGCACAGCAGUCAAGGCGGUCUGAUUGAAUCGUCACUGGAGAUAUCUAAAUAUUUGUCCAGCGCUGUAUUGUUUGAGAAUUGAUCAGGUGCGUUUUCUGUCAAUAGAAAGUCUGUAAUGUUAAUUGUCAUCUUCAUAAAGGCGGGGUAGGAUUACUGACCUAGAUCCAUGAGAGAAUUUAAAUUUCACCCAGGAACUGGCAACCUUUUGUAUGGUUUCUCCACUUUCUAUGUAAUUGUACCAUAACAUGUGAUUUCAAGAGCAUACACUGAUGGAGAAGCUGACCAGGAUGGCUCCGGUCGGACUUUCCGGUCCCACCUACAAGGUCCACCAGGUUCCAGAACAUUUCCAUGAGCAUUUCAUCAUUAGCGGCUACCGCCACCCUAAGAGCACCCCUUUUCAGUGCAUCCUCAGUGUGUUUGAUGCCACCAAUGAAACCCUCAACUUCUGGACUCAUUUCCUGCCGUCCUGGUAUUUCCUUUGGAUCUUGCGUGACCUCUCGGAUACGCUGGAUUUCAAGCAUGAUAGCUACACCUGGCCACUGCUCGCAUACAUGUUUGUGUGUAUCAUCUUUCCCUUGGCCAGCGCUACAGCCCACACCUUCAACACAAUGUCAGACUUGGCCAGACAUAUCUGUUUUUUCAUGGAUUACGGUGCUCUGAGUAUUUUCAGUCUUGGAGUUGCCAUAGCCUACAGAGCAUAUUGCUUCCCUUCGGAUCUGAGGAACACUUGGUUUGGACACCAUUACACUGACAUGGCCUUAAUUAACAGUGUGAUAUGUACCAUCGCCUCCUGCCAAACCCGCUUCAUGCCUCCCAGCACCUUGAGAAAAGUCAUGCGCCUAGGUGCCUUUGCUUGGCCCUACUGCUAUGACAGUAUUCCCAUCUUGUACCGUCUCUUUCUCUGUAAUCCACACGAGUGCCUGCUUCAGUCACAGUUCAUUCAUGCGCGACAGUUUGUGUUUGCUCUCCUUGCUGCAUUUCUGUACGCAAGCCAUCUUCCGGAGCGACUUAACCCUGGCCGAUUCGAUAUCAUAGGCCACAGCCACCAACUGUUUCACGUGUGUUCUAUUCUAGGAACCAUGGACCAAAUGCAGGCCAUUCUGUAUGACAUGAAGGCCCGUCGAGCCGAGCUGUCAGAGAGCGGCUGGGAGUACAGCUCCGCCUGGAGUACCAUAGGCGUGAUUCUGUCCGUCAUGGCCGUCAAUAGCCUCAUCAUUGCCUUCUUCUCCGUCAAAUUAAAAUUGAUUUUCAAAAAAUUUAAGUAGAUAAAUAUUUAAUAAUUAUCUUGUUAGAUUAAUAUAAGUGAAUUACAUGUAUGUAGGUGGGUUUUUUUUUUUUACCAGAGUUCAAAACAGACAGGGUGUUUCUAGUUCUCAAACUGAAGCAAAAUUAUAUACCAUAAGCAGAAUCUUAAUUUUGAUGAUCAUAUUUAAAGAAAGUAAUGAUUUUGGAAUUUGUAAUAGAUGUUUUAUGGGAGUUUGAAAACAAAGCACAUGUAUAAAUUGACUUGUUAAUAAUGUUAAUAUAAAAUGUUUCACAUACCUACCAGCCCUUCUGUUUGCAGGUUGACUGGUUGUAUUACAAAGAAACACUGUCUUUGUUUUAAUUGGUCAAUCUGGAAUUUUUUUAGAGGAUAAUUAUGAUAUUUAAACUCUAAUACGGACCAAUAUUGAAUACAUAUUGUAUUUUUUAUAUUUCAUUACGUUUUUGUAAUCAUACCGGUAAUAAGAAUACAAUGUAAGAUUAUAGUUCAAAUGAGCUGUAUGUACAUAUACUUCAAACUAGUGCUAUAUUGAAUUUUUACAUGUAUCUACAACAUAAUUGUGUGUGACUGUUUGUAUGUACCUAUAUGUUUUGGACAUUUUGUUUUACGGUAAUUACAAGUUCAUCAAAUUUGAAACAAAUUUGGAGGGACAUUCCAUUGAAAGUGUAACACCGGUUGAUACUUAUGUAAUUCCUAAUAUUCUGGUGGACAACAUCAUAAACAUUUCAUCGGUUACUGUAGUAUAUGCGCUGGUAUCAGCUUCACCAUGUCCACAGGAAAAUGAUUAAGCCUAGUAGCGGAAGGCAUUGUACUGGUGCAUUCAUUCCAUGUCUGACCACUGUUUUACUUAAAAUGAACUGGUAAUUGUAGAUUAAAGACCAAAUCAUGCUGCAGUGCUAUAAAAAAAACUGUGAUAUAUGUCUUGUAAUUGCAUGAUAUUUUUUUAAUUUAAAGAAGAAAACAGUUUGAGUUUUCAGAUUACCAUUCUAGAAAUUUACUGAUUAUAGAGGUAUAGAGUGGUAGAAAAAUAUUUUUGAUGUGGUCACCACUUAGAGUUCAAUCCUCAAAGCUACAAGUAAUAUUGUUAAUUUGCAUAAUAUGUAGUCAAAUAGCCACUCAGUGUUUCAUUGAUGCACCCUGCAAUCUCACAAUGACAUCUCUGUUUUACUGCCAUUGUUUUGUUUGUUCUAUAUAAUUGUAAAGAUACCAGUUUGUUAUUCAAGGUAUGAAACUCAAAUUCUGCAUUUUCCAAUAGUUAAACUCAUGGUCAUGCAAUUCUGGUCAUUUUUUAAAAUUACACCAAUGUUUUCACAACUCAUUUUGACUAAUCAAUAACAGCUGAUAUUUGUAGUUUUCUCUUAUUAUAUUAUGUGGGUAUGUUUGACUUUUUUCUACUUUUUCUACUAAUGUUUAUUUAUAUCAUCUGUGUUCAAACUUUGAAGAUAUUUUUGACACCUGAUAUUGUUAUCAAAAGUCAGGGUUAUCUCACUUUUAUCAUCUCAUAAUAUACUAGCUGGGCUAUUAAACAUUUUGAGGAAUUUGGGGGGAAAAAUAUUUAACACCUACAAGUGAAUAUGUAGGGGUUUUCAAGAGUAAACUAGAUUAUGUACAUGUAAACAUUUCAUUUGGACUGUUCAAGAUAUUGUCCCUAAUUUAUCAUAGUUUUCACAUUGUGAAGUUGACUGAGGAAUUGUAUGUUGAAAUUUCUGUGGUGCUUUUCUUUGUAUUAUUCUAUAUGGAAGGUAUUGAACUAAAAAAUAUAUUUUCAUACAAACAAUUUACUUAUAUUUUUACAUAAGCAAAAACAUUAAUUCUUUAGAAUACAAGUUCUUUUUAUUAAUUUCACCACCAAGAUAUAUUUUCCACAUCUAUAUGGUUAUGUAAUUAUUCUUAUUUAUUUCAAGAAAAUUAAAAGCAAAUUAGAAGAUAAAUUGUACAUGUUAAAUCACCUUCACUUGAACAUUAUUUAACUGAUCAGCCAAUCUUAAAAUAUUGUCAUAUCAAUAGAAAUAUAGAUCAAUAGCAUGAUAAUGUUUAAAAGUGCUUUGCAAAGAAAAGAAUAACAUCAGCUCAUAUUUAAAUCUGCUAUAAUGUUAUAAAAAUACAUAGAGUACAGAGUUAACCAAUAAUCUGUUCAAUUUUUAAGAUGAGUUUUACGUACAUCACAAAGGCAAAACAUAACUCACACAGAUACAUAACCUCAUUUGGUUUUAAAUUCAUACUGGUAAUCAUGGCAAAGUUUUGCAUAUCAUACUGAUGGAAUUUAUCCCACUAUGUUUGGUAUUCCAGAUUUAUAUCAAUUUAUAAACCAAUGCCAAAACCCAGCAAACCGUUAUUUUGAAACCAGAAGAUACCUAUCAAGCAAAAAAUAUGAAUGUUGAACAAUUUCUAAAUGUAUUACAUAUACAUAAGUAUUUUAUAAUUAAAUAAAUAAUAUAUAAAGUAAUAUAAAAUAUUUUAAUAAUUUAUUAAUUUAACAUUUAAGAAACGUACUUGGCGGUAUUUUCUGUUAAAAAAACCCAAAUUGUUUUUUAUGUACUAGGCAUUUACAGAAAUGACUAAGUAGUAUGACUUAGCUUUAUUAUAAAAUCUUGUUCCAGCUAAUUUAAUUUUUUGUUAAUUCUGCAUUUAUCAUUCAAAGUCAUUAAUUAUUUUUUUUUAGUUUAUAGACCAAAUAUCUUGGUGUUUAUAUCUUGUCUUUUUUUUUUACAAUACUAAAAUAAUGUUUUCAUGAGUUGUAGUGGGAGGCAAUUUAAAGCCUAAUAUCAUGUUAAACUUGGAUAUUUUUCUGAGAACACGUCUUGUUUAUGUGUGCAAUGAUUUAUCAUUUUUUAUGUUCUUCACUGUUUUUGGCACCAUCUAUAAUUUUGGAAGUCUGCAAUGUUUCUCCUUAUAUACAAAUAGUUCAAGCUUAUUCGUUAUGCUUUUAUAUACACAUAAAAACACAUCUUCUAUGUUAUAUUUUGUUUUGUUCUUGUACGACAUAUAUAUUAUUGAAAAAUAAAUUUUUAAAAGAA